UUAGCGCGCCAAAUAGCGCGUCAAAGCGCACCGGACUGGGAUUACCGUGAUACAAAUAGAUGGAUCGCAGAUUAUCCAACUUGUGGUGGUUCACAACAGUCGCCGAUCAAUUUGGAUCAUUAUACCUCCAUAGGUUCGCUUAAGCCGCCUUUGAAGUUCAGAAACUAUGCGCAGCCAUUCGCUUUCCCACUCACGCUCAUCAAUAACGGUCAUACAGCUGAUAUAACACUGCCUGAGACUGUACGUGGACCGCGGCCAACUAUUACAGGCGGUCUGUUGGAUGGCGUCUACGAAGCGCAGUCGGUGCAUUUUCAUUGGGGUGCGCCAGGUGGUAUUAGGGGUUCGGAACACACCGUCAAUGGUUACCGUUACGAUGUGGAAAUUCACAUUGUGCAUAAAAAUAUGAAAUAUGGCAACGCAGAGGAGGCAAGGCAGUAUCCAGACGGUUUGGCGGUGUUGGCCAUUAUGAUUGAUAUUGUGGACAAUCCACAAACGUAUUACCCAGGGCUGAAUAUAGUUUUCAAUGCAUUACCUAGAGUGCGGGUGGCUGAUACGAAUACAACUAUAAUUAAUCAACUCGGCUUGAAUCACUUUUUGGGCGAUGUGGAUACCAGAAACUUUUUUGCCUACAGAGGUUCACUUACCACACCAUCCUGUUCGGAAGUGGUUAGAUGGCAUGUUUUUCCCAAGCCACUUUUGAUAGCACGUGCAAUGAUCCAAAAAUUCUUCGAACUGAGACAGAGAAAUGGUGCACCGUUAUGGAACAAUAAUCGCCCAUUGCAAGCGUUGAAUAGGCGCUCAGUUUAUCGACGUAAAGGCGGUCUUUAGCAAGCGUUACUGCACUGACUAUUUAGCACACCACUACAAUGGCAUGCAUUGUUGAGUUGAACUCUGCAUCUUAUUUAUUUAAUUUAGUGUUAAUUAUUUAGUUUUGUUGGAAUACAGUCCUGCGUAUAAAUAACGUACAUAUACAUUUUUCGUAAAGUAGUCAUCAUGAGCAAGUAA